AAGAAAAAACAGAGAAGACGAAACGCGAGCGUAUCACCUACUCGGCCGUCGCCGAAAGAGACGUGGCGACCUCAUCGAAGGGGAAGCGCUCUUUACCCAAAAAAAAGAAAAAAAGGGGGAAAGCGCUUCCGUGGAGGCGAAGCUUAAACCGUCGCCCUCCCCAUCUUCGGUUGGCGGGUCCAAGGCGAGACCGCGCACGAUAAAGCCACGGCUGCCGAGGCUGAGGUAGGUAAUGCGUCACCGCCUGGACGGCUGAGAUCCUGUCGGCGUCUGGGAUCCGAUGGGGAACUCGCUGGGGUGCUCGGCCUCCGGCGAGCGGCUGGUUUCGGCGGCCAGGGACGGCGAUCUGGUCGAGGCCCGGAUGCUGCUGGAGUUCAACCCCUGCCUCGCUAAGUACUCCACUUUUGGUGGCCUCAACUCCCCACUCCAUUUCGCCGCCGCCAAGGGCCACAACGAGAUUGUUAUGCUUCUGCUCGAGAACGGCGCCGAGAUGAAUUCCAGGAACUAUUGUGGCCAGACAGCGUUGAUGCAAGCCUGCCGGCAUGGGCACUGGGAGGUGGUGCAGACUCUUCUGGUCUUCGGAAGCAAUGUCACCAGAGCCGACUACCUGAGCGGCAGGACAGCGCUCCACUUUGCCGCAGUGGAUGGGCGUGUAAGAUGCAUCAGGCUCCUGGUCGCCGACUUUGUCCCAAGUGCUCCCUAUGAUGUGCCGGCUUUGUCCAAGGACGGUGGAGACAAAGGGAGCAGCAAAGGCAGCAGUCCUGAUUCCUCUUUGGGGCGUAAACAUGAUCAAUCUGCGCUCUUGAGGUUUAUAAACAAGCCAGCGGAUGGUGGCAUUACGGCUCUCCACAUGGCGGCUCUAAAUGGGUAUUUUGAUUGUGUACAGCUGUUGCUUGAUUUAGGUGCCAAUGUCUCGGCAGUGACGUUUCAUUACGGCUCAACAAUGAAUUUGAUAGGGGCUCGAAGCACUCCAUUGCAUUAUGCAGCUUGUGGAGGGAACCUUAAGUGUUGCCAGGUACUUCUUGCUAGAGGUGCCAGUAGGUUGACAUUAAAUUGCAAUGGGUGGCUUCCACUUGACAUUGCUAGGAUAUGGAGACGUCAUUGGCUGGAGCCAUUACUAUCACCCAAUUCUGCUUCAAUCAUACCAACAUUCCCCCCAUCAAACUAUCUUUCCUUACCUCUCAUGAGCAUACUUAAUAUAGCACGAGAGUGUGGGCUGCAAUCCUCUACAGCCUCUUCUGAUGAUAGUGAUCUCUGUGCUGUUUGUCUGGAAAGAGCCUGCAGUGUAGCAGCCGAAGGCUGUGGACAUGAACUCUGCGUAAAGUGUGCACUUUAUCUUUGUUCAACCAGCAACAUCCCAUCUGAAAUGAUAGGACCACCUGGGUCAAUCCCAUGCCCUCUAUGUCGAAAUGGGAUAGUCUCAUUUAUUAAGGUGGCCAGUUCCCCAGCAAAGGGGCUCAAACCAAACCUAGCCCUAAGCCUCUGCAACCCAUGCAUUAUUCACCGACGUGUGGAGCCACCAGAAACAGGUUGUAGAUCUGAGACUCGGAAGAGCCGUGUGGCAGCAGUUUCUUCAGAGCUUAUCUGUCCUCUCACUUGCAGCCCAUUCCCUUCUGUUGGCAUCCCCUCCUGCACCUGCGACGAUGACCCAUGCCCAACACUCGAACGUGAAGGAGAAACUCGAGCACAAUCCCCUUGUCACUCACAGAGCGCACCAAACGAGCUGGACAAAAUGGAAGAGCAGAGAUUUGAUAGAGCGAGCUGCUCAGGUAUCUUCUGGAAUAGAAGAAGCUGCCAUAGAGAACACCAAUGCAAUUCAGAGAUAAAUGCUUGAUUUGGCUUUUGCUAGUGAAUAAUCCAGUUCAUAGAAUCGCAAUGAGAGAGAUGACUGGCUAUUGUUUUUUUAGUGGCUUGCCCCAUUAUACAUCUUCUGUGCUUCAGCUAUGUAUAUGUUAUUUGCUUUCUCUUGGUAUUUCAGUAGUCAGCUGCAGCCUCCAAAUCUUUCAGGUAAUUUGAAGGUUAGGAUUGAUGGUCUUGUAGUUUGUUGUAAAUUAUUGUAUCAGGUCCAUGCCUUUAUUUGUUGGCAAAUCAUUGGAUUUCUGAUUACAUUCAGUAAUCAAACCAGCAAUAGUUUCUUAUCACUUAAUGUAGCAAGUUUGAGUUGCCUA